UUUGCUUUACCUCCUCGGCUGCAGCUCGAGUUUUAGGAAUGUGUGUCAGAGUUCGGAAGAAUAACUCGUCUUUCUGUUGCUGUCCUGUCCUCAGAUAGACGGCUGUGUCUGGGACCAGAGGCUCGGUUUGCACCGCCGUCAGAACCUGAAGGAACACGCUGGCUCCGGUUCCGGUCUUUACUUGGCGCCGUUUAGAACUCACAGGGGCUGUUUGGGGUUCGUCUCUGUUGCUUCUCUAUAGUAUAAAACAGAAGGACCUUAUGAGGGUCUCCAUGUGAUGGAAUGAUGCCAGCCCAGGACGGUGUUGGGAGCGACUGCAGCCCUGGAGGCUGAUGACCCCGCCCCAUUGGCCAGCCAGGAUGCACAUAGCCUCGGUGGGCGUCAGUAAGUCCUGCUUUCUGUUCUCUCUUGCUCUCUGCUCCCUCCUGCUGCUGCUCAUCCCGGCCCUCCAGUCGCCCCCCCGCCAGCUGGAGCCGCCUCAGCCCCGACCUCACGCUAAGUCUGCCUCAGCAGAGCAGACUCACCAUGCCGACCUACCAGCAGGUACCGCCAGCGCUGGCGGUACCGACAUGGCCACAGGUCUCAGUAGGAGUUCAGAGGUCAUAGGAGCAGCUGCUAGAACUGACGUUCACUCUCCCAAGAGAACUGUGGAAUCAGGGCCUAGGAAUACUGACCAGCUGGAGCUGAAGGACAUUUUCAUCGCAGUGAAGACCACCAGGAAGUACCACAGGUCCAGACUGAAGCUGCUGAUCCAGACCUGGGUGUCCCAAGCCAAGGAACAGACCUACUUCUUCACUGAUGGUGACGACAGGGAGCUGCAGCUGAAGACAGGAACUAACAUCAUCAACACCAACUGCUCAGCUGCUCACAACCGACAGGCUCUGUGCUGCAAGAUGUCUGUGGAGUACGAUAAAUUCAUCGAGUCCCAGAAGAAGUGGUUCUGCCAUGUGGAUGAUGAUAACUAUGUGAUCCUGCCCAGUCUGCUGCAACUGCUGUCCUCAUACCAUCACAGCCAGGACAUCUACCUGGGCCGGCCCAGUCUGGACCACCCCAUAGAGGCUGCAGAGAGGGUGAAGAGCGACGGAACGGUGUCGGUGAAGUUCUGGUUCGCCACAGGGGGAGCGGGGUUCUGCAUCAGUCGAGGUCUGGCUCUGAAAAUGAGCCCCUGGGCCAGUUUGGGGAACUUCAUCACCACGGCAGAAAAGAUCCGCCUCCCAGAUGACUGCACCAUCGGCUACAUCAUCGAAGCGCUGCUGGAGGUCACACUCACUCACACACACCUGUUCCACUCUCACCUGGAGAACCUGCAGAAGCUGCCCGUUCCCACCGUGCUCCAGCAGGUCACUCUGAGUUAUGGAGGCUUUGAGAACAGAAGAAACGUGGUCAGCAUCGUUGGGGGCUUUUCUCUGACUGAAGACCCCACCAGGUUUAAGACGGUCCACUGCCUUCUGUACCCAGACACUGAGUGGUGUCCAAAGUUAACACCUGGACACCCAAACUGAACAUCCUGGAAACAACUCAGCCCAAGUGUUUCAGCAAUAAUUCAAUAUGUCAAAAAUAACUUCCCUGUUCCUGGACUGAUGUCAUGUCAGUGAGGAGAUGGUCCAUCUGCUGUAUUCCUCCUGAUCCGGGAUCCUGGGGACAGCACCCUCAGUAGCCUUCCCCCCCUGCAGCCCCCUGGUCCAGCUCCGCCUGGGGAAUCCCAUGGCGUUCCCAGGCCAGCAGAGAAAUGUAUUCCCAUACCCUGACCUGGGUCUGGUCCAGAGGGACAUGAACACCUCCAGGAGGAAUCCUGACCAGCCAGCUCACCUGGCUCCUCUCUGCUGCUUGUGGACAGUUAGUUAUCUGCUGUUGUUUUGGGUCCACCCUGGUACUAUAGUAGGUACAUAUUUUUAUGCCAUUUUUUCAUAAUUAAGUCAGAUUUUCUGACUAAAUGUUAUAAUCACCUGAUGUCUGUUGCCAAAGCAACCCUUCAACCAGCAGCAGUGUUAACUCGGGGAACCUAAACACCCAAAAAUCUGGGGAUACUUGUUGAUGAUCCACAGACUGGUUCAUUUUUUUACCUUGCUCACAGACGUUUUGAAAAAAUUCAGGUCAUGGAAAAUGUGCAAAUUGUGAGUCAUUAGGCACACCUGGAAAAAAACAACAAUCACCAUUCCAUUUUCUAUUUUCUGGUUUAUUGACCCAAACUAUCAUUUCCACUCUGAGAACCAAACUUGCAGCACUGGAUGGAAGAAUGAGUCAUUAUCACCAUCAAGCCCCACCGUCUCUCCAGACGAGGAGAGAUACAGUAUCUGCAGGGAAAACAUGGAGAGCAGUUUAAAGAUGGAACCUGAUUUUACUCCUUUCCUUUGAUGUGCAACACCUUUCAGUAUUUUCAUUUCCUUAUAAAGACACAAUGUUUCAGUUUAAUACAUUUUUUGCCAUUUGUUUGAAUGUUUUAUUAAAAUGAAGGAAAUGUUUAAGAUUCUUGUAAUAAAUGAGUAAUAGCUUCUCAGAUGUUAAUGGAGCAGAAAAGAAAUGCUCAAAACUCACGGCACUCUUUCAGUCUGUACCUGAUAAAUGCUUUUAUAGACUCAGCCAAAUAUCUUUUCCCAGUUUAUUUCCUCUUUUGCACGCUUGUCACAUGCUUUAUGUUAUCAGCUGUUGUUGAAUAUAAUAUUGCAUUAUUGUGUUGAUGUCAAAUUGGAUGAACUAUAAUUUUUAUUUUUGUUUUAUGGUGACAGAGUCGGGACAUAUUUUCACAAUCAAGGUGUAAAAUCUGGACCUGAUGCUAUCAGGAUGAAUAUGGCUCAGAUUGUUAACAUGUACUUGUCUUUUUUUGUGUGUUUGUUUGUUUUUAGUUUUCAUAUACUUGGGUUCUGUGGUGAAGUUAUUGGUCAUCAUCUCACCUGAUGGAAUGGAGAUGGGUGGUUAGAGUCAGAGAAACAGAAGGUGAUUUUCUUCAUCUUAAAAAACCUUCAAAGCUC